AUGAAGCAGUACACUUCCAUCGCGGCUUUUGCCGGUCUUAUCUCCUUGGUCAAUGGCCACGGCUUUGUCACCAGCCCGACUGCCCGGAUGCCCGGUGCCGCCAUGAAGGCUGCCUGUGGUGACCAGGUUGAGGUCAACCAACUGUCCGACAACUACGGCAACAUCCAGGGCGAGCUGCAGGUCGCCGCCUCCCAGAGCGAUUACAACGCCGAAGAGUGCGAUAUCUGGCUCUGCAAGGGCUACAAGUUCGCCGACAACAAGGACAACGUCUACUCCUACACUGCAGGCGAGACCAUCGACUUUACUGUUGCCAUCCACGCCCCCCACACCGGUGUCGCCAACGUCUCCGUCGUUGAUACCGCUUCCAACACCGUUAUUGGUGAUCCGCUGAUCUCCUGGUCUGUCUAUGCUUCCGUUUCUACCGGAGUCGCCGCGAACAACACCGACUUCAGCGUUACCAUGCCCACAGAUCUUGGUUCAAAGUGUUCUACUGCUGGGUCCUGUGUGCUCCAGUGGUACUGGUACGCCGAGUCUAUUGACCAGACCUACGAGUCCUGCGUCGACUUCACUGUCGGUGGGUCCAGCUCCAGCUCCGGCUCCAGCUCUAGCGCCGCAGAGGUCAGCUCUUCCGCUGCAGUCUCCUCGUCCUCGUCAGCGCCCGCUUCCACGUCUACCUCCGAGGUUGUCCCCACCACUGCGGUUUCCUCUGCUGCUGAGACCUCCGCUGCCGUGGAGACUUCGACUCCUGCUGUUGUUGCUACCACCACUUUCGCGACUCAGGCUCGUGCCUCUGCUGCUCCCUCAGGGCAGGCCGAGUCAGUCACCACUUCCGUGACUGCCACCGCUGUUACUUCCAACAUGGCUAUCCCUACCAGCGGCACUGAUACUGAGAAGCUUGGCUGGGUCGAGAGUGUGUUCAAGUACCUCGUUAACAGCAACUAG